UUUCCCAUUCUAGCUUUACCAACACACCACCGCACUCUUUUCAUACACGACACAACACUUGGGUGGUCAGGCAUGGCGGCACUGCCGUCCACGGUGGCGUUAAUACUCUUCACGCUGAUGAUGAGUGGAGCUGACGCAACGUGGUGCGUGGCCAGGAGUGAUGCGAGUGACCAGGCCCUCCAGCGUGCUCUGGAUUACGCCUGUGGCUCUGGUGCUGACUGCGCUCCCAUACUCUCAGAUGGGCUGUGCUUUCUUCCCAACACCAUUCUUGCCCACGCAUCUUACGCCUUCAAUAGCUUCUAUCAGCGUAAGGCCAUGGGCCCCGGCUCGUGUGACUUCGCCGGCACCGCCACCGUCGCUAAAACUGACCCCAGCUAUGGAUCUUGUGUUUACCCAUCAUCUCCAAGUACCGCCGGAGGAGGAACAGGAACGGGAACAGGAACAGGAACAGGAGGAGCAAGUACCACACCACCGGCGCUUUAUCCUCCACAACCACCGCCGCCUCCGGCGACUACAACCCCAUUUCCAGACAAUGGGAUUGGACCUCAAGUUCCAGACCAGCCAAAUUCCGGUGGAUCAAAAGAGAUUUUAGUUGCUGUCUCUUUUCUGUUUCUUUUGUCGUGUAUCUUACAAGCCCUCUAGGAUUACGAUGGUGAAGGUGGAAAUAUUGAUGAUGCGAGGCUUAACAUGAAGGCUAGCUAGGGUAGUAUAUUUUUUGCUAGAAUGGAGAAUUGAAUUUCUUAUGUUCUUAAAUUAGUAUAUUUCAGCGUCCUCAAGUCAUAACACAUAGUUUAUAUCCAUAUUUUAUGUUUUAUAAUUCUGAUCAUUUGUAUUCUAAUCCUACU